AUGGCGAAAAGCAUUCGGUCGAAAAGAAAACGCAAACUACGAGCUGAAAGACGACAGAAACUGAAGCCGAAGGUAAAAGCAAAGCUAGAAGAAGUACUUGGAAUAAAUGAUAAGAAAAUGAUUGUGGAAGCGGAGGAAUCUCGAGGGGGUACGGUGGACGAAACUCAAGAAGAAAUACCACAAGCCAGUCAGGAAACCUCAAACAACGAAGAAGGCACAGGUAAAGAUAGCAUUUUGUACCAUGAAAACAGCUGUUCCCAAAAAGGAGUCUUUCUACUAGUACCUUAAGUUAAAGUUGUUGUACUUAGAUGAGCUAAUGUCAUGCACUCAUCGGUAAAUAAGUGCUCAGCACCAAAACAAGUACCUUAUUACACGAAAUUUUCGCGAUUUUGAUGUGCGCAUAUUUCGCGAUUUUGCGAAAAUUUUAUAUUUUGAAUCACUUUAAAUUUGCGUUUUUGAGUUCAGCAAUUUACGUUUGAUAGGAAAUGUUAUUAACAUGCCUUUGAAUUAAAUGAAACGUUUCUAUCAAAGGAACAAUAACGUCAAAAUUAAGAAAAACCAAGCAGUUCUCACAAUUUCCACAAGCUAUACCAGGCACGAUUUACGGACAGGUUUUCAGCGUAAGCUUUCCUGUAAGCGGCUUACAGGGCUUACAUAAGUUACUCGCAACAGCUCCCAGUGCCCCGCUCGGUUGUAAGCCCUGUAAGCGGCUUACAGAAAAGCUUACACUGAAAACCUGUCCGUAAAUCAUGCCUCGUGUGCCACAAGCAGUUCAUGCUUGUAUGUGAGUCAAUUGACCACAACAUCCAUUUACACUGAAAAUUCAUCAGGAAAGUAAAAAAUGUGAUUUGUAAACGUUUCAGUGGUAAUAAACUCCUUCUUGAUUAUGGACAUAAUGUGUGUCACUAAAAUUUCGCGUCAUGUUAUGUUCGCGACACUCGUUGUUCACGUCACUUAAAUUUCACGAUUUUUUUGGUAUCACGAAAUUCGUGAAAUUAACGUGUUGCGAGAAUUUCAUGUAACAAAGUAAUUUAAUUUAAAGUAGCUCCCAACCGUUAUUCAGACAGUUUUUUGUGUUGUAGUCAAGUGGCUCAAAAAUCUGCAGGGUCAACUCAGUCAAUUGUUGGUUUUAGGUCAUGAUACCAUUCUACCUGCAAGGAUCCAACCUUUGUUUAAAAAGUUGAUAAGGAUAUUCUUGGUGCUCAAUGAUUUGGUAGAGUGACAGAAUGGGGCUCAAUCAUAUUCGAAUAAGUAAGAAUUGAAUCCUGUCACUUCACCACCAAUAAAAUUGCCAUCAAGAAGUCGACUCCCCGAUUAAGAACGCUGAAAUAACUGACACGCCAAGGAUCAUAGCUGAUGUCAAACAAAAGCCAUAUAAUCAGUCUCCAUUUUGUCAAGCUUAAUCGAAUAUUAAGUUGACCCAAAUUCAAAUCUGAUGAUGUCAGAAACUGUCAUAAAAUCUUUGUGUUACACUUUAUGGGGUUCAAAUUUUCUUUUGUUCAUUACAGACAAUUUGGAUUUGAGCCAUAGGUGGUCUUACUGGAAAGAUCAUGGGUUGUAUACAGCAAUUUCGAGAAAGGUUGUCGGACAAAAUGUGCACUCGACAAUCCUGAAAGGCAAUAUGGGAUAUGGUCAAUACACUGUUCCUGACACUAUAGCUGUCAAACCUACUUUUGUUGCUUUCUUUUAGCACUUGCAAACAUACUUCCGCCUCUUGUGUCAUUUAAUUUCUUUCAAACUUCUUUGAAUAACAGUGAACUCAAAACCACCCACAAUACCUUUCGGGAUUGUUGCGUGCACUUUUUGCGACAACCUUUCUCGAAAUAGCUGUAUGUUGCAGUUAGUUUUUUUUUUAUUUUAGUUAGUUUUUGUUUUUCCUUUGUUUCAAAUUCAUUAGCACACAUUACCAUACCCUAAAACAAUGGAAAAAUAAAAAUUAAGAUAAAAAAAAAUUGACUACAACAUAUAUAUGCAUAUGUACCUUGUAUGGGUGUCUCAGGUACAGGUUGAAUGCUUCAUUUUUCUUUGUUGUGGAAGGUGAUAUAGAAAAAAAGGUUGGAUAUUCUCUAUGAGACUAACUGUCAUUUGGCCUUCCUUUUUUUGCCAGAGGAUGUUGAAAUGCCAGAAGAUGGACCUCAGAAAAAACUUGGAAAGAAAGCUCUACAAAAACUUAACAAGCAAAGAAAGUUAAAGCGGCUCAAACAUAAGAAACAAAAGAAUAAAAAACUAUUCAAGUGGUGAUAUUGAAAGAAAAGAAAGAUGAGAUGAUGUUGAAAAGCCAAACAUACCAACUUCCCAAAUGAAAUUUUGGUGACUUGUCUUGUGGG